AAUUGAAGCGGGUCGUCAGCCAGUUCUCUACGCCUCUCUCUUGUCAUUAUUAUUCUUUUCACGUUUUUUUCAGUUUUGGUUUUAUCUUUCUUUUGUAACUUAUCUUUUAAAUUAAAUGGUCUCUGACCCUGGCCACCCCACACCUACGACGUCUACUGCUCCUCCCACUUCUGCCUUGGACUCUGACUCCAUGGACGACUCUUCGUCAACGUCGAGAGACGGUCGGGAUGAUGACCAGUCUGACGUGGAGCUCGUUUCGGAUGGAAACACUUCCGCUACGAGUGAUAAGGGUGGUGAAAAAUCAGGUGGUGACAAUUCUGCAUCGGACAACUCUGCAACAAGUAGUUCAGCGAUGAGGGCGUGUGGCAGUGCAACUCCUAAAACUCCGUCGUCCAACAAUCGUCCCCCUACAUCUUCUAGUUCAAGUUCAAGCAAGAAAAGGAAAAGACUGACUUCAGGUGAACGGCUGAGUAGGGAGAAGGAACAAGCCGAAAAAAGACAAAAGCUUGAAGAAGAACGGAUUCGAAAGGAGGAAGAAAAGCGGCGUAAAGAACAAGAACGGCAAGACAAGUUAAAGGCGAAGGAACAAGAGAAACGGGACAAAGACCGUCAAAAAGAGCAGGAACGGUUGGAAAGAGAACGAGUCAAAGAACAAGAGCGGGUUAAGAAGGAAGAAGAACGGAAAAAACGAGAUGAAGCCAAGGAACAAGAACGUGUAAAAAAGGAACAAGAGUUAGCAAAGAAGGCUGAAGAGAAAAAGAAACGGGAGGAUGAACGGCUCAAAAAAGAGGAAGAAAAACGGAAACAACAGGAAGAAAAGGACAGAGAGCGACAAAAGGCAGAAGAAAAGCGAGCAAAGCAAGCAAGUAGUUUUACAAAAUUCUUUCUCAAAUCACCUGCCCCCACCAAAGUGAAAACGCUUACCGUAGUUGAGCAGCCAACAUUUCAAAGGAAAACAUCGGGGUCUUUAUCAUCAUCAGGAGGGGAUGUAGAGAGCGAUAAAGAGAACAGCAAUGAUGUCCCAUCUCAGCAAGAUCACACUGAUCGAAGCAACAGAAUGAAAACGGAAGUCAUAGAACCUUCCGAUGACAAAGCAGACAUUCAAAUUGUUUGCAUCAAGAAACCGGAAGCUGAAAAAUUUUCUCCAUUCCCAUUUCAAAUAAAGUCCAACAUGGCCGUUGCACCACUGAUUCGUCGAAAUCCACUAAAUGGCUCCGAACGAGAGUACUUGGAGAAAGUAAUGGAAGCCAUGGGUUUGAACAAUGAUGAGUCCGGCAGCAUAUGCUUCUUAUCAGAUCUCACUCAAAGAGCUAAAAUGAAACAAUUGAGGAAAUCUGGGAGAACACUCAUCCAAGAAGAUGAGGAGGAAGAGGAGGAGACUGAUAAAGAUAUCAAAAUUAUAAUGCAGGAUGUUAUUCGUCCCAGCGAAGGGUGUGUGAGAUAUCGAAAGAAGCUGCUUCAGUUUUGGGACAAUAGAAGACCUGCAUACUGGGGAACGUGGAAGAGAAAGGCCACACGAGUCAAAGCAGUUAAGCCUUUAGCAAAGGAAACGGACAUGGACUAUGAAUUUGACUCGGACGACGAGUGGGAAGAUGAGCCGGACGAUGCCGAAGAAAUUGAAAACUCUGAUGGGGAAGAAGAGGCAGAAGACGCACCAGAAGGCGAACCUCUCGACGAAGAAGAUGAGGAUGGAUGGAUGGUGCCUCAUGGCUACCUGUCUGACAAUGAGAGGGACGGCGAAGGGGCAGAGGACCUUGAAGUAAUCAAACUAAAAGAGAAAGAAUUUUUCAAAUCUUUAAAAGAACAAGUUAAGUUGGGACUUCCUGUCAUCCAAACCGAAAAACUUUCAGACUUCAAAAUGAUUUUUCCUCCGGCACGUAGUAGGAAAAUCCGGCAUAGCACAAGAACAAUAACAAUUCGCAAAUCAGAUGACUAUCCUCGACCACAGGGAUUUCUUGGUAUGGAUCUUCCCAGUGACGAAGAAGGUGACAUGGAUUGGCAAGAAAGUUGUUCAACUCCAGAGGAUGAAAAUGAAGAGAAAGAUCGCAGCUCGAAUUCUGAUGACGAAUCAACGUCUUCAAAUGACGAAGAAUUUGAAGACGAUGACGAAGAAGAUAUAAAAUGUGAACUGGAAGGUUAUCCUAUCGAAGGGUAGUAAGGGACAAAAAUCAUCCUCCGUUGAGACAUCCAUUCAAUAGAUUUGUACCUCAAGCUGUUCUUUCGUUGUUACUUUGUAUGAAUACUUAUAAUUUCGCUGUUAGAAACAUAGGAUACAACCGAUCCCUGAAUACUUACUGAAACAUUAUAAUUUCCCAUUAUUUGCUAAUUUGUGCAGAACCCCAUAAGAUUUUGUUGGUAAUAUUGACAGUACAUAUAUGUACUGGUGUGUCUUAAUAAUUUCAGUCAUAAUGGUUUCUAAUUUAAAAAAAUAAAAUGGCGUCAAUAUACCACAAAAGUAAAUAA